AUGACAUCAGAGAUACAGAUUGACACAUCAAACAACAACAAUAAAUGUAAUAGAGAUGAUAAUGAGGCAACUAUCGAAUCUUCAUCAAAUAAUAACUAUUUAUUGAAUAAUAUAAACUAUUUAAAAGUUAUUAAAAACAAAGAAUACUUUAUGCAGGAUUCCAACAAUAUCGAGAAAUCAAUAAUCCAUCAUCUUAUAAUAUGGCAAUCGAAAUACUCAAAUCAAAUAAUUUUAAAAUUACACCCUUUUAUAACCCAUCUCAAAACCUCUAGUAAUACUCAACAACAGCAUAGUUCAGAGGAGAGAAUUCAAAAUAAAAAAAGAUUUGAUGUUUGGUCAUUUAUGUUCCUUAGCUCAUUAUUAAAGUUAUUACCUCCACAUUUAAUUUUAAGUUCAUUAGACUUAUUCAUUCAAAACAGUAGCAAUCAACAACUAACUUUACAGAUGAUCAAAGAAGAUGCUCCUGAUGUCACGGAAACUAUUCUUGAAGCCGCUUUGGCAACUACUAGUGCUACAUCAACUUUGGUUGGUGCUGCAACAUUGUCUCAAAGAGAACGUGUCGAAAAAGGUAGAACUAGUGAUGGUGGUCCAAUGUAUAAUUAA